AUGUACACUUCAAGAAGAACUGGCUCUUCAUCAGCCCCUUCAGUCACCCAGCGCAAGGCAACCACCGAACGCAACCAACAGAUUCUCCGUACUCUGCUCAAAGAACCUUCAAACAAGUUUUGCGCAGAUUGCAAAACUUCCGGCCAUCCUCGUUGGGCCAGCUGGAGUCUCGGUAUUUUUGUCUGCAUCCGCUGCUCGGGUAUUCACCGCAGUAUGGGUACCCACAUUAGCAAAGUCCGUUCCAUUGACCUCGACAGUUGGUCCGAUGAACAAGUCGAACCUCUUGUUAAAUGGGGUAACAGGCGCGCUAAUUUAUACUGGGAAGCAAAACUACCUGAUAAAUAUGUCCCCGAUGAUAGCAAGAUUGAAAACUUUAUCAGAACAAAGUACGAAAUGAAGCGCUGGGCCCUCUCUCCAACAAUGCCAGACCCAUCAAUUCUUGAUAAAAGCAUUGAUGCCGAAGAGCGUGUCCCCCUUUCAGAGGUCCAAAAACGCGCCUCUGCCACCGUUGCAAGAAACGGAGCUGUUGGUCAUCAUCAUAUCCCAAAGCCUCAUAUUCAUCAACAAACACCACCACCACCAUCACAACCACAGCAACUGCCUAGACAAAAGCUUCCUCAAAGCUCUAUUCCUGAUCUCUUGGAUGAUGACUUUCUUUCUCAGAAAUCGGCUCCUACCACAGCCACUCAAUACGCAAAUGUCUCUAGUUCUGGCCGGGUUUCAUCCAGUCAGCCUCAAGCUGCACCUACCCCAACCAGAUACCAUCGCGUAACCGAAAGCCCUCAGUCUAAGCUUAAGCCCCAGAAACAAUAUCAACAACCUCCUCCUCAACCAACUACUUCAAGCUUGAUUGGUCUUGACUUUGGACCGGCUCCUAUAACCUCGAAAUCUACGCACCACCAUCAACAGCCCUCUCAUUCAGCCCCUGCUCAACACCAACUACACCAGCAACACCAACAACACCAACAACAUCUCCAACAUCUCCAACAUCUCCAACAUCUCCAACAACAACAACAACAACAACCUCCUGCGCCAAAGACCAAUGGCAGACCAGAUUUGAAAAAGUCAAUUCUUUCUCUCUAUUCUACCCCAACUUCAUCCUCAUACCAGCAACCACCUCAACAACAACAACAAUCUUUUGCACAGAAAUCGGACCCUCUUGCUGGGUUUAGCGGCUUGUCAUUGAGCUCUGGGUCUAGUCACCGCCCUUCAGGAUCCAUUUCCUCUUCUGGUGGUAAUAACAACUUGAACGAUCUCUUGGGACUUGGUGGAGGCUUUUCAAGCGCCCCCUCAGUGCAGCCUAUUCGAUCUCCAGUCCAGACUCAAGCUCCACCUGUGCAACCAUUACAGCAACAGGCCUCCAAGCCUAAAUCUGCCUUUGACGAUUUGAUUUCAGGUGGUUCAUCUGCAUGGGCAUCUGUCAAGCCACAGACUUCUUCAGCUGUUCCUGCACCUGCACUUCCUCCUAAAAUGAAUCUCCAGGGAUCGUACGGUAAUACUUCUACUAGCAACAACCUUGGCUUUAGUAAUAGUCUUACUCCAAAGCCUGCUGCUGCUCCUGCUGCUGCUCCUGCUCCUUCUUCUUCAUCGUCUUCUUUUAAUACUUUUGGUUCUACUGCUAACUCCAGUACAAGUACUGUGCAAAAUACCAAUAACGAUUGGGCUGAUUUCACCUCUGCUUCGUCAGGAGCCAUUCCUCCUCGGUCUUCUGGAACUCAAGCUGCAGCUGCAUUUAAUUCUACUUCUCCAACUAAUCCUAUGGAUGAUGAUUUAUUUGCCAAUGUUUGGAAAUAG